AUCUCUGAUGACCAGUAUGAGUACAAGGUCAUCACUGAUCACCAGCUCGACACUGAGUUUGGCAUUUACGAGUCCUACAAGGAUGGCCACCUUGUCCCUUAUCCCUCGCGGGUCGAGGGCACGGAGAUGUGGCAACGAGCCCGCGAUGCCGAGGCUGCCACCGCCGCCGCUGCGGCUGCGGCUGCGGCUGCUUCUGGCACGCGAGGAGGAAGAGGCGGCCGCGCCCGAGGUGGUGCCAAGCGCCGCGCCCAAGACCAGCCCGAGGGCCAGCCCGCAGUCAAGAAGACGACUCGCAGCAACUAUGAAAGCCAGCCGCUGCCCACCGCCCCCAUCACCCCCAUCACUCCCGCCAAGGGUCUCCUGGCCACGGAGAUUGCAUCUCACACCGACGGUGCUCCUAUGGAGGAGGACUCUGGUCCCGUCACUCCUGAGCCCGUCAUUGCUCCCAAUGGCGUCGCCCCUGUUCCCGUCGCCAGAUCCGAUAGCAAGCUCGGGGCUCAUGAAAGAAGCCCUCCUCUGCCCAAGAACAUCUCGGAUCCUGACGAGUACGGCUGCCGCACGUACAACCAGAAGCCCUCGGCCAAGGAGAGGGGCGCUAACAGCCGCCUUGUCACCCCCCGACUCUUCUCGUUUGAACCCCAUGAGAUUGGCUUCCGUGACAGCACCAACGACUCUUCCAAGGGCCACACGCACGCCAAGCGAGGCAAGUACCUCGACAAGCCCGACAGCAACGGCAUGCACUUUGAUUACUGGUGUGCCGGCUACGACUUCUCCAACACGACUCCAGCCGACUUCGACCAGAAGCUCGUCAAGAAGCAUGGCCUGCAUCCCCGCUUCGGCGUCUUCCUGCCCACCAGCACCAACGAGCAGGAACCGACGACGCCGUACGUCAUGCCCGGAAAGCCAGUGGUGUUCAUUGCUGAGCCUUCGGGCCGCAUCUCCCACGCCUCUCGCUCCUUCCAGCGGACGAUUAAUGACCGUCGCGUGGUUGAUGAGCCGGUGAGGGUGAGGAUGAAUGCCGCUAUGCGCCGUUUCUGCAAGAUGCAAGCCAUCCCCCUCGACGAUGUCGCCGUCACCGA